UAAUUAUUAAAUUAGGUAAUUUGAAUAGCCUAUAAAUUUUAUUGAAAUGGCAACGCUAUCGAAGUGGCGUACGUAAUUGGACAGCUUGUAAAGCGCGAAGUUCCAGUUGUAUUUAUUUGUUUAAAUAUUUUAUCUACUUUAGCGAAUAAUUAAGGACUAACUUCUUGAACAGUAUGCGACCACCUCAAAAACCAGGACCUAAAUCAUAUAUGAAUAAGAGUUCACUAAGGAAACAGGGUGCAGAUUUAGGCGAGACAGAUACCACUAGCGGAUCGGAUGAAGAUUUGGGAAGUGGUGAGGAGAGCGGCCAUUAUCGAAGAAACGUUUCACAAGCACAACCUUCGACCAGUGUCAGAAGUACGCGAAGUUUGGGGGAGUCAAGGCAAACUGGAGCAGAACGGCGUAAGACCAUUAAACCGGUGAAGCACAAAAGGAAAGCAACCCAGUUACAAAACUUUAUACACAAUUAUAAAAAGAUAACAGCUCGUGUAGAUUUUAUGAUACCGCGAGCAGCAUUUUCUCGUGUUGUACGCGAAAUUAUGAUGAGCUUAGACACGGAUGUUAGAUAUAUAACUCAAACCGCAUUUGAGGCGCUCCAGGCAGCCACUGAAGCUUAUGUUGAAGGGCGAUUGGAGGAUGCGAAUUUAUUAGCUAUGCAUGCCCGCAGAGUCACAUUGAUGGUUAAAGAUCUGGAGCUUAUUAAUUUCCUUCGGUCUAAUGGAAGGUAAAUAAAAUAUUACUAAAUUGCAGUGAAGUGAAAUGUAACUUAACUGAAUAUAUAUUUUUAAUUAAAUUUUUUUAAACUUGUUAAGUUAAAUUAGUUUUAAAGAAAGUUAUAAAACUCUCCUGCUAUUAAAAAUCCUGUUAGUUUUUUGAUUUCUCAAUUUUAAAAUAUGGUUAAUAUAAUUUAACACACAUUGAAAAA